GAAGGAAGGAAGCUGGGAAGAAGCGAGCGAGCGAGCGGGGGCGCGAGGCGUUUACCUGGAGGCAGCGGCUUGGGCGCGCAGAGCGGCCGCGGCUCCCCCGCACCUGCGGCCAUGGAUGAGGAGCGCGCCCUCUACAUCGUCCGGGCCGGCGAGGCGGGGGCUAUCGAGCGGGUCCUGAGGGAUUACAGCGAUAAGCAUAGGGCUACUUUCAAAUUUGAAUCAACAGAUGAAGAUAAAAGAAAGAAACUCUGUGAAGGCAUAUUUAAAGUCCUUUUAAAGGACAUCCCAACAACAUGUCAAGUGUCCUGCCUGGAAGUUCUCCGCAUUCUCUCCAGAGACAAAAAGGUUUUAGUUCCUGUAACAACUAAGGAAAAUAUGCAGAUACUGCUGCGACUAGCCAAGCUAAAUGAGUCGGAUGAUUCUUUGGAGAAGGUGUCAGAGUUCCCAGUUAUUGUGGAGUCAUUAAAAUGUCUUUGUAACAUAGUGUUCAACAGUCAGAUGGCACAGCAGCUCAGCCUGGAACUUAACCUUGCUGCAAAGCUCUGUAACCUCCUGAGAAAGUGCAAGGACCGAAAGUUUAUCAAUGACAUUAAGUGCUUUGACUUGCGCUUGCUCUUCGUCCUGUCACUUUUGCACACCGACAUCAGGUCACAAUUGCGUUAUGAGCUCCAAGGACUACCGCUGCUAACCCAGAUCUUGGAAAGUGCCUUUAGCAUCAAGUGGACCGAUGAAUAUGAAUCGGCCAUAGACCGUAAUGGACCUCCUCUCUCACCUCAGGAGACAGACUGUGCCAUUGAGGCCCUCAAAGCUCUCUUCAAUGUGACGGUAGACAGUUGGAAGGUGCAUAAAGAGGGUGAUUCUCAUCAGUUCCGUGUCAUGGCAGCUGUUCUUCGCCAUUGUUUACUAAUCGUAGGUCCAACUGAAGACAAAACAGAAGAGCUACACAGCAAUGCAGUCAACCUUUUAAGCAAUGUUCCGGUCUCUUGUUUGGAUGUUCUCAUUUGUCCAUUAACCCAUGAAGAAACAGCCCCAGAAGCAACGACACUAGAUGAACUGCCCAGUGAUAAAACAGCUGAGAAAGAAACAGUUUUGAAAAAUAAUACCAUGGUAUACAAUGGUAUGAAUAUGGAGGCCAUUCAUGUUUUACUCAGUUUUAUGGAGAAGAGAAUAGACAAGGGAAGCAGCUAUAGAGAGGGUCUAACUCCAGUUCUCAGCUUAUUAACAGAAUGUUCCCGAGCCCAUCGAAACAUCAGAAAAUUUCUCAAAGAUCAGGUUUUACCACCACUGAGGGAUGUGACAAAUCGACCUGAAGUUGGCUCAACUGUGAGAAAUAAGCUGGUGCGCCUCAUGACACACGUUGACCUGGGAGUCAAGCAAAUUGCUGCUGAAUUCCUUUUUGUCCUUUGCAAAGAGAGAGUGGAUAGCCUGCUGAAAUACACUGGCUAUGGGAACGCUGCAGGACUGUUGGCGGCCAGGGGCCUCUUGGCUGGAGGAAGAGGAGAUAAUUGGUACUCAGAGGACGAGGACACAGACACUGAAGAAUACAAAAAUGCAAAACCAAACAUUAAUCUUAUCACUGGUCAUUUAGAGGAACCAAUGCCAAACCCCAUAGAUGAAAUGACAGAAGAACAAAAAGAAUAUGAAGCCAUGAAACUUGUCAACAUGCUUGAUAAACUUUCCAGGAGAGCAGAUGUGAACGACCUGCACCAGGAUGGUGGUUAGCAACAGUGGCCCGUGCCAAAGCACUUACCAAAGUGAUGACUAAGGUUGGUCAUGCCAAGUACUGUUACUGAGCCUGGUGUAGGGUACAGAUGUUAUUUACCACCAAAACUAUAAAACCACCAAUGCAAAAAUUAAAAUUACAUUUCCAUUUUGCCUCCAUGCCGGACAUAGCCACUGCCUCAAGUUGCUCACCACCUUAGCAGCUUUAUCUCAGCUAGAUUUUUAAGGAUACUGGAGAGAUUAGCGCUCAAACAUUUUCUUCCCAUUGACUACCAACUGACAGUAUAUUCCAAGUGAUUUUUUUAAAUUUUUUUUUUAGUAUAAGGAUUGUAUUUGUGACAGAUGUAGAUAAGGGGACUGGCAAUGGACCUAGAGGUCUUAAGAGUUUGAGAAUAAUUUGAACCCCAUAAAUCCCAUCAUGUCUAGCUAGUACAGUGCCUUGUACCCUGUGGUUUCCCCAGUGUGUGAUGAUGAAAUAAUGUAUAAAGCAGAUCCCCAAAUCGAAGGUUAAUUUUUUGCUCAAUAAAAUAGCCUACAUGGUUUAAAGACUUGAAAGUAUACUUUUGUCAGUUCCAUUUCUUGGCCAGAUGUCAUAAAAUUCAGGUCUGGGAAGGAAUUCUAUAAGGUACUUUGGCCCACGACUGGCUAAUUUAAAUAUUGGGGUACCUAACUUCUUUAAUAUAGAAUGAUAAUUGUAAUAUUUAUCAGACAUAAGCAUAAGGCCUGAGGCAUAAGAUUAUAGAAAGCUUCAUUUGACAUUUUUUUUAAUGUGAGAACAGAGGUGGAAAAGGGGAUGAAAUUUGCCUGCCUCUCCACCUCCUCUUUCCUUUUCUGAAUUGGAAAAAAAAUAAGCCCCUGCAAUUUAAGCGGGAGAUUAGAAUGGGGAUUGUAUGUGGUUAAGCAAGUCCAGUGUGGCUAAGACAACUGCAUUCACCUCAGCUACAGCACACGAGCCGCAUGUAGUGACGCGGCCUCCUCCACAAAAGGGGAGAGAGGAUUGACUGGCUUAAGCCUAAGUUAACCAAGGGAAGUAAUAUUUCAAGUUUCAGUUUUGUUUUGACUUUUCUAAUCCCAUUUAGUUUCUUAAUUGGAACCAGGACUGAUUAAUCUUCUACUCUGCCCUUACCCCAUCACUGUUUA